AUGGCGGAAGCUUUCAUUGGUUUGAGUGUGCACGUUGAACAUACGAAUGGCUCGUCAAUAGAGGGAACUGUGUCGCAUAUCGAUUCUCACACGCAACUUUUGACUCUAAAAAACGUAAAUAUUAACAGUAAUGGUCGUUUUCAACAGCUGCCAAUAUACGGUGUAGCAGGCACAGAUAUAAAAGAUCUUACAAUUAUUGCAUCGACUUCAACAGCCAAUAUUCAACAACAACGUCAUGUACAAUCUAGCGUAAAUACGUUCGAGAAUGGAAAGUCACCCUCAAUAAGUACCACCCCUGCUCCAAAUAAUGUAGUCAAUCAAGUAUUGGCAAUACAAACUUCGUCGACAAUGUCACCUUUUUCAGAUCCUGCAAUUAUUUCGUAUUCCCAAGUACCUACUACAUUUCAACAAUCGAAUCCUUUGUCAAGUCCAUAUGGCAUAUCAAGGGCUACUUCACCGUAUGUUAAUCUUCAACAGCUGGUUCAGAAUCCGACGAAGAUCUCCCAAACAGCUUCAACCGUUGAUAGUGAUUCAAAGGGUGAUGAAGAAGAGACAAACGGUUACGGAGAAAAUUCGAAACAUACGGUUAACGGGAAUCAUAUUCAUGGAGAUUCUAGCGGUAUCGAAUCUGAUGCUGCGGUAUAUAGUCAUAAGAAGCAUUCAAGAAGGAAAAAGAAUCCAAAUUCAAACGGUCAAUAUCAAGAUUUCAGAGCCCCUAUAUCUCCUG